AUGGCCACCGCCCAACCCUCCGUUGCAGUUAUCGGUUGCGGAGCUCAAGGCCUUGUCACGGUUAAAAACCUCCUGGAACAGGGCUUCGAUGUGACGGGUUUUGAGCGUAAUGAUUACAUUGGAGGGAUAUGGCACUAUUCAACCCUACACCAUGUCUCUGCUCUUUCGUCCACGGUUGUCAAUAUAUCCCGAGAACGCGGGUGCUUUACAGACUUCGCAUUUCCACCUGGGACAAACUCCCAUCCAACAGCUGCGGAGGUCGACCAAUACCUCAACAGCUAUGCUGAUGCGUUCGAUCUCCGUCAACAUCUCCGCCUCUCCACUAAUGUCCAAUCUGUCGAGCGGGACGAGGCCAACAACUGCUGGCGUUUGACCGUCCGCUUUCCGAAUACCCAAAAACCCGAGGUAUUGACGUUCGACAAACUCAUCAUAGCCAACGGACCACACAACAAACCCGUCAUGCCUGAAUUACCUGGCCGUGAACUGUUCAAAGGAGAGAUCAUUCAUUCCAUCGCGUACAAACAGCCUGAGCUUUUCAAGGGCAAGCGUGUCAUGGUCGUUGGAGCAAGUAAUUCCGCAGCUGACACAUCGACAACGCUGAUCGGCAUCGCGAGCAAGAUAUAUUUCUCACACCGUAGAGGCGCAUUGAUCCUGCCUCGUUACCUGAAGGACGGGACUUCGCUAGACCACUCGCUCAGUUACCGGAAGAUGGAAAUCAAAGACGCCCUCGACCGCCUCGCACCGAGUCUGUCGAUCAAGUUCAUGGACAAUGUGAGUGCUAAUAUUCAGCGAAAACAGUUUGGGGCCUUCCAGCCUGAAUGGCGUCUGGAUCCACCUCCCUCGGUCUUGCACCAGAAUCCAACUGUGUCCGACACACUCAUCCCAGCACUGGCUGCAGGCAAGAUCGAAUCUGUGCACGCGCCGAAGCGAGUCCUUGACGACCACCGAGUCGAACUCGACGACAGAACUGUCGUCAAUGUAGACACUAUCAUUUUCUGCACAGGGUAUUCACUGGACUACUCUUUUCUGGGAAAAUAUGAUCCCACGCGCUCUCUAGACGUCGAGUCUGCCAGAGCUGUGUCAAGCGUCAAUCUGACCGAGACGCCGCGCCUUUAUCAGAACAUAUUCUCCCUCGAGUACCCUUCAAGCCUUGCAUUUGUCGGCGUUGCCGUCAUUAUAUUUCCUGCAUUCCUCCUGUCCGACCUUUCAACCAUGGCAAUCGCACAACUGUGGUCCAACAAGCCUGACACUCCAACUCUUCCAUCGCAGACUAAAAUGGAGAAUUGGUACUCUGAGCAUUUAUCGUACGUGAGCACUCUUCGCUCACUCAGCCCGUACGGCAAAUUUGUCAAACUGAGUGUUCGUAACGGACCGUGGCAUUCGUGGGUUCAAGACACUGCUGGUUGUGAACUGAGCAGCUAUCUGGACUUCUUUAGUCCAAGAGCAUGGAAAUUAUACUGGUCGGAUCCGAAAUUCUCGAAAAUGCUCUGUCACGGUGUUUGGUCGCCACAUGUGUAUCGAUUGUUCGAACCGAAAAGGCCAAACGGACGGCAGAAGUGGGAUGGUGCAAGAGAGGCUAUUGAAAGAGUCAAUGCUGAUGUUCAAGCCGGAGUGGCGGAGCGUAGGAGGAAGAUUGCGGCUGCUCAGUAACCGCACCAAGGCAGCAAAUUCCAG